UUUUAAUGUGCAAUUUUGAAAUUUUUUAUAUCUCACAAAUAAUACUCCAAAGUUGAAAAAGAAAAAAAAAAAAAAAUAGUAUAGAUAGACUAAUUAAUUUACAAACUUACCCCCAGUUAAAUCUCUCCUUUCCUCCCAAAUCAUAAUUGAUGAUCAGCCUUUCAUCUUCUGUGACAGAGAAUGAAACCUUGAUCUCCAAUUUAAUUUCAAGUUUGCAGAAAUUAAUCGAAAGGUGUUCUCCUGAUUUUAUCACGAAUUUACACAAAUUGGCUCUGUUAUUAUUUUGUGAGUUCACGAUCAAUCAUUUGCGGGAGGUAAUUGCAACUGGAAAAUAGGGUUUAUAAUCGGGGAUUUUACGAAAUUUGGCAUUUGCUCUUGACGAUUAGUUUCUGGGCAUAUCGAGUUUCGCCGCCGCCUCCUCCUCCGGGUCCUCGUUAUGAACCGUUAUCUGCCUACUAUCUCCAUCCGAGUGAAGGUACAGGGGCUGUGAUUAGCCCAGCCCAAUUCUGCUAAAAGGAGAUAACUACGAGGAGUGGUCUCGUUCUUUACGCAAUAACCUUCGUGCGAAGAACAAACUUGGUUUUAUUGAUGCUACUAUUACCGUGUCGGAUGCUAAGUCUCCUGAUUUCGAUCAAUGGGGGAUUGUUAAUUCAAUGCUUGUUGCUUGGAUUGUUAAUACUUUGGAUGUCUCUGUUCGAUCCACUGUUCGUUUCCCAGACCAUGUCAAGUCGUCUUUGUGGGAUGAUCUACGUGAUAGAUAUUCCCUUGGCAAUGGCCCUCGUAUUCUUGAGUUAAAAAGCUCAAAUUGUGGAUUGCAAGCAGCGUGGUAGGCCAGUGGCUGUGUAUUUUGGUGAGUUACGUAAAUUACAAGAUGAGUUAGCUAGUUAUGUCAAAGUUCCCAAGUGUACAUGUACUGCUGCUCAUGAAUAUGCUAAAAUUGUUGAAAGUGAACUACUCCAUCAAUUUUGUAUCGGUUUGGAGCCAAAGAAAUUUGGUAGUGUUGUUUCUACCCUUCUUAUGAUGGACCCAGUACCUUCCCUUAAUGUGGCUUAUGCAAAAGUGGUGUCUGAUGAGCGUAAACAAACGGUCUCCGAUGCUCAUGAUACUCGUUCGGAGGCAGUUGGGUUUGCAGCGUCAGGUUCUGCUCAAGGCAGGACUACUUCUUGGUCCAGUGGUGGUGAUGCUAGGGUGUGUGACCAUUGUGGUAAAAAGGGUCAUGAGAAGGAGAAGUGUUUUGAUCUUGUGGGUUGGCCCGAAUCGUUUAACGGUGGUGGUCGUGGUGGUAAUCGUGGUGGUAGGACUAGUCGUGGUGGUUGUCAAUCAAGUAGUGGUAGUCGUGGUGGUCGUCAAUCAAGUGGUGGUGGCCGUGGGUUUGCAGCAAAUAUGAGCAACAACACUCGUCAAUCGAGUGGGUCUGAGAUUAACAAGAAUGAUCGUCAAAGUGCUCCUACACUCACUGAUGCACAAUGGGCCCAAUUCUUAAAUGCAAUAAAGGGUGGAAAACCCACUAAUUCUUCAAGUGACCAAACAUCUCACGGACCGCACUUUGAAGAACCUGAUUGGAGCGGGGGUGCAGUAUAAUGGGGUCUAUCUCUUCAGACCGGUUCGUGCUCGUAGUUAUCAAGUCAAUUCGGUUGAUGUUCCAGAUGCAAGUAUGUUAUGGCAUAGACGUUUAGGUCACCCUUCGAUGAAAGUUGUUUCUUCUUUGCCUGGAGUAGCCAGUAGUAGUAUGAAUAAAAAGUGUGCUGUUUUUUAUUGUCGUAUUUGUUUUAUGGGUAAACAACCCCGAAACUCUUUUCCUUUAAGUAUGAAUAAAGCAUCUGCUUUGUUUGAUUUGAUA